AUGCCAUCUCUGCCUCAAGAAGGAGUUAUUCAGGGACCCUCUCCCCUGGAUCUGAAUACACAAUUACCUUAUCAAAGCACAAUGAAAAGGAAAGUCAGAAAGAAGAAAAAGAAGGGAACCAUUACAGCAAAUGUUGCUGGGACAAAGUUUGAAAUUGUUCGUUUAGUAAUAGAUGAAAUGGGAUUUAUGAAAACUCCAGAUGAGGAUGAAACAAGUAACCUUAUAUGGUAUGAUUCUGCUGUCCAGCAGGAGAAAAUUGCAGAGCUGCAAAAUUACCAGAGGAUCAACCAUUUUCCAGGAAUGGGGGAGAUCUGUAGGAAGGAUUUCUUAGCAAGAAAUAUGACCAAAAUGAUCAAGUCCCGGCCUCUGGAUUAUACCUUUAUUCCUCGAACAUGGAUCUUCCCUGCUGAAUAUACCCAAUUCCAGAACUAUGUGAAAGAACUGAAGAAAAAACGGAAGCAGAAAACUUUUAUAGUAAAACCAGCUAAUGGUGCAAUGGGUCAUGGGAUUUCUUUGAUAAGAAAUGGCGACAAACUUCCAUCUCAGGAUCAUUUGAUUGUUCAAGAAUAUAUUGAAAAGCCUUUCCUAAUGGAAGGUUACAAGUUUGAUUUACGAAUUUAUAUUCUGGUAACAUCAUGUGAUCCAUUAAAAAUAUUUCUCUACCAUGAUGGACUUGUACGAAUGGGAACAGAGAAGUACAUUCCACCUAAUGAGUCCAAUUUGACCCAGUUAUAUAUGCAUCUGACAAACUACUCGGUGAACAAGCAUAAUGAGCGUUUUGAACGGGAUGAAACUGAAAAUAAAGGCAGCAAACGUUCCAUCAAAUGGUUUACAGAAUUCCUACAAGCAAAUCAACAUGAUGUUGCUAAGUUUUGGAGUGAUAUUUCAGAACUGGUGGUAAAGACUCUGAUUGUAGCAGAACCUCAUGUCUUGCAUGCAUAUCGAAUGUGCAGACCUGGCCAACCUCCAGGAAGUGAAAGUGUAUGCUUUGAAGUCCUGGGAUUUGAUAUUUUGCUCGACAGAAAACUAAAGCCAUGGCUUCUGGAGAUUAAUCGGGCCCCGAGCUUUGGAACUGAUCAGAAAAUAGACUAUGAUGUAAAACGGGGAGUGUUGCUAAAUGCACUAAAGCUACUAAACAUCAGGACCAGUGACAAAAGGAGAAACUUGGCCAAGCAAAAAGCUGAAGCUCAAAGGAGGCUUUAUGGUCAAAAUUCAAUAAAAAGGCUCUUACCAGGUUCCUCAGACUGGGAACAGCAGAGACACCAGUUGGAGAGGCGGAAAGAAGAGUUGAAAGAGAGACUUGCUCAAGUACGAAAACAGAUCUCACGAGAAGAACAUGAAAAUCGACAUAUGGGGAAUUAUAGACGAAUUUAUCCUCCUGAAGAUAAAACACUACUUGAAAAGUAUGAAAACUUGUUGGCUGUUGCCUUUCAGACCUUCCUUUCAGGAAGAGCAGCUUCAUUCCAGCGAGAGCUGAAUAAUCCUUUGAAAAAGAUGAAAGAGGCAGAUAUUUUGGAUCUUCUGGAACAAUGUGAAAUUGAUGACGAAAAGUUGACGGGAAAAACUGCCAAACCUCGAGGACCAAAGCCUCUGUGUUCUAUGCCUGAGAGUAGUGAGAUAUUGAAAAGACAGAAGUACUACAGCAGCGACAGCAGUUACGACAGUGGCAGCAGCUCUUCGGAAUACGACGAAAAUGAAAAAGAAGAGUAUCAAAAUAAGAAAAGAGAAAAGGAAGUUACAUAUAAUCUUAAACAGCCCAACCACUACAAAUUAAUUCAACAACCCAGCUCCAUACGUCGCUCAGUCAGCUGCCCAAGGUCCAUCUCUGUUCAGUCACCUUCCAGUGCGGACAGCCGCCCUUUUUCUGCUCAACAAGUGAUAUCUGUACCACGGCCAGCUUCAGCGUCUCGGUCACAUUCCUUAAACCGUGCUUCCUCCUACACAAGGCAUCUGCCUCACACUAACGAAGUCAGCUCUAUCAACUCACAGGUGAGUGAUUCUUUGCGGAAACUGAAAACAAAAGAACAAGAAGACGAUCUAACAAGUCAGACCUUAUUUGUUCUCAAGGACAUGAAGAUCCGGUUUCCAGGAAAGUCAGAUGCAGAAUCAGAACUUCUGAUAGAAGAUAUCAUCGAUAACUGGAAGCAUCAUAAAACAAAAGUGGCUUCAUACUGGCUCAUAAAAUUGGACUCUGUAAAACAACGAAAAGUUUUGGACAUAGUAAAAACAAGUAUUCGUACAGUUCUUCCACGCAUCUGGAAGGUACAUGAUGUUGAGGAAUUAAAUUUGUAUCGGAUUUUCAACCGGGUUUUUAAUCGCCUACUCUGGAAUCAUGGUCAAGGACUGUGGAAUUGUUUCUGUGAUUCAGGAUCCUCUUGGGAGAGUAUAUUCAGUAAAAGCCCGGAGGUGGUGACUCCUUUGCAGCUCCAGUGUUGCCAGCGCCUGGUCGAGCUUUGUAAACAGUGCCUGCUAGUGGUUUACAAAUAUGCAACUGACACAAGAGGAUCACUUUCAGGCAUUGGUCCUGACUGGGGUAAUUCCAGGUAUUUGCUACCAGGGAGUACCCAAUUCUUCAUGAGAACACCAACCUACAACUUGAAAUACAAUUCACCUGGAAUGACUCGCUCCAAUGUUUUGUUUACAUCCCGAUAUGGCCAUUUGUGAAACAGAAGGGAAGAGCGCCAUGAGUUAUGCAUAAUUGCAAGUCAUUUUUUUUCCUCACGUUGAACAUGCAAAGAAAAUGACCAUGAAGUGCUGUUUUAUGUAUAUAAGACAUAUAUAUGUGUGUGAUAAUAUAUACACACAUGCACCCAAAUAACGUAUAUAUUUAUUAUAAUAUAUGAAAAAAAAUUAGCAGAAAACUUAAUAUAAGACUUAACCUUUCUGGAAAUGUAAUAAACCACGUUAAAAUUGUUUACACAAA